AUGGAAAUCAUGCUUCCAAAUGAAGAAAUUACAACUGUGGAAUUUGAAUAUGAAAAGCUUGAAAGGGUGCGUGACCUAAGUCUGUUUAGAAUCAACCAAAGGAAAGUUUUAAACCGUAUGGAAGCGGAGAGAAGAUGGGCUCAUGAGAGAAGACAACUUGGCCCUCACCCUACCUACUCUUAUAAGAGAGCUUAUAGAUCAAAGGGAUUCUCGCAGAUCAUUGACCAGGAACCGUAA